AUGUGGCCACAAGCAGCAGAGUCAGAAUUCAAACAAUAUCGGACCGUUUACCGUCUUACACUCAGCGGAUCUUGUGAUUGUACCAUUCUAGAUGAUGAUACCACGACGACGUUUGUCGACUUAGACGACACUGCUGCAGAGAAAGUUUCCUGUCCCUAUCGCGAUGAAACUAAAACUACCCCCAAAAGAUCCAGGCGGAGAACUCAAACUACUAUUCAAAAGCAGGUCGCUUCAUCCAAGCAAAGUGGCUCAGAUGCAAUAAAACGUCGCUCGAAAAAAAGAAUUAAUCCUCGUAAUAUUUUUGAGAGAAAAGCUACUUCUCUAAAAAUUGGUCCCAGCAUCAGGUCCCAAGCCCAAGCUAGAAAGCGCACCAUGGUUUGCACUAGAAUGCAUCGAGAGGAUUCUGCAUUUGUUUCGGAGGCUAUUGCUAAACUUGGCGGAUGGGAGAUGGAGCAGAAAGUCUCCUCUCAAACUACCCAUGUCAUCUGUGGUGAUGAAAAGCGUACAGUUAACCUACUCAAAGCUAUUGCCCAUGGAUGCUGGAUUUUAAAUUAUGAUUGGAUUAGGCAGUCUGUUCUGGCUGGACAGUGGCUUCAAGAAGAACCAUUUGAGGUGAAGGCAUUUCCAGGCAUUCGACAAUGUCGAAUUGCUAAAGAAACAUUUGGGACCAAGUGUAGUAUAUUCAAGAAUGGUGACACAUAUUAUGUUGCCCCUAACACAAGACCACCACGUUCACAUUUGAAGGACCUACUCAAGCUGUGUGGAGCUAAAAUUGUCUCAACUCAAAGAAGAGGAACUGUUAUCAUCACUCCUAUACGUCCUGCUGAUGUAUUACCAGGAACUAUCCCAGUCACUGAAAAAUGGGCCAUGGACUCAAUUGUUGAGAACAUGUUACAGCCUAAGGAAAAAUACCUACCAACUCCGUAACUAUGCCUAGUUAUAUAUUUAUUUAUUUUUUUUGUACAUGUAUAUAUUUUCUUUCUUACUCCUAACUGAGAUAUUAGGAGUACUGAUGCCAUUAAUGUUAUGUUUUUAUGUACAUUGAAACUGAUUGAAGUGAAUUGGGUAAAAGAGGUCUUUGAAAACA